AUGAAGCAAUUUGUUGUUCUAUUGUGUCUUUCGAGCGCAUUGCUAGUCGCUGCUGCGCCACAGGGCUACAAGUAUCAGGCGCCAGCUCUGAGCGUGGGCAACUUGCGUCCACAGACGCCCAUCUCCAACAAUGGAAUAUACAAUUUGGGCCAUGUUGAACAGUCUGCGCCCAUUUCAACUAUAGUCAGCAACGUUGGCACUGCGCCUAUUUCCACCUUAGUCAACACUGUGGUGACACCUCAAGUGCAGCAGGUGCAGCAUGUGCAACAAGUGCAACAAUUGCAGCCACAACCAAUUGUCUACCAGCAGCAACAUCAACACCAGCAGCAAUUCGUGCAAACUGUUCAGCAGCCACAGCAGCAAUUCGUGCCACAGCAGCCACAACAGCAGCUGAUCCAGACUCAGUAUGUGCAGCGUCCUUCCAUUGUCACCAAGGAUAUUUACAUUCACUCUGCUCCCGAUGACACUGAGGAGCUGGUGCAGACUGCUCCACAGCUGGACAAUGUGCCCAUUCGCAAGAACUAUCGCAUUGUGUUCAUCAAGGCGCCCACACAGAAUCUGAAGCACACCGCCGCCGCCCUGAAGCGCGCUCAGGCCACCAAUGAGGAGAAGACUGUCAUUUAUGUGCUGUCCAAGAAGCCUGACAUUGCCGAGAUCCAGCAGCAUCUGCAGGUUACACAGACCGAGAACAAGGUGCACAAGCCUGAAGUCUACUUCAUCAAGUACAAGACCACCGAGGAGGCUCAGCGUGCCCAGCAGGAGAUUCAGGCUCAGUACGAUGCCUUGGGCGGUGCCACUCACAUUUCCGACGAAGGUGUCGCUCCCAUUACCAGCUUUACUUCAGGCGGCUCGCUCAACCUGAACAACAUUCUGCCACAGAACAUUCAGACCCAAACUGUUCACCAGAACCAAGGCCACAACAUUGUGCAGACCGCUCAGCGUGGAGAGGCCCUCCUCAGUCAGCCCAUUCAGCAGCAAAACAGCUUCACCCAGCACAGCUCCACCAUCAGCUCGAGCAGCAACUUUGGCGUUAACCAGCCAUCAAGGAAAUAUAUUCCAGCCAAGGCAUUCUAG